AGUAUGCCCUUAGAGAGGAUCAGCAUCCAGCAGGCAGGUGGAGGGGCGCAGCAGAAGGUUUGCAUUUCCAGCCUGGAGAAGGUCCCACCUGCUCGCUCCCAUGACCAACAUGAGCUGGAGCUUCCUGACGCGGCUGCUGGAGGAGAUCCACAAUCAUUCCACCUUCGUGGGCAAAGUUUGGCUCACUGUGCUUGUGGUCUUCCGUAUUGUGCUGACAGCCGUCGGUGGUGAGUCCAUCUAUUCAGAUGAGCAAUCCAAGUUCACCUGCAACACGCGGCAACCGGGUUGUGACAACGUCUGCUACGACGCCUUUGCGCCCCUGUCUCAUGUGCGCUUCUGGGUCUUCCAGAUAGUGGUCAUCUCCACACCUUCUGUCAUGUACCUGGGCUAUGCAGUCCACCGCUUGGCGCGCGCCUCUGAGCAGGAACGCAGACGCGCUCUCCGACGUCGCCCUGGCCCCCGGCGCUUGCCCAGGGCGCAGCUGCCACCGCCGCCACCUGGCUGGCCAGACACCACCGAUCUGGGAGAGGCGGAGCCCAUGUUGGCUCUAGAGGAGGAUGAGGACGAGGAGCCGGGGGCUCCUGAGGGCCCCGGAGAAGACACGGAGGAGGAGCGAGCGGAAGAUGUGGCUGCCAAGGGGGGCGGAGGUGAUGGCAAGACAGUGGUCACUCCUGGCCCUGCCGGGCAGCACGACGGGCGGCGGCGCAUCCAGAGGGAGGGCCUGAUGCGUGUGUACGUGGCUCAGCUGGUGGUUAGGGCGGCCUUCGAGGUGGCCUUUCUGGUGGGCCAGUACCUACUGUACGGCUUCGAGGUGCCACCCUUCUUCGCCUGCAGCCGUCAGCCUUGCCCACACGUAGUGGACUGCUUCGUGUCGCGGCCGACCGAGAAGACGGUCUUCUUGCUGGUCAUGUACGUGGUUAGCUGCCUAUGCCUGUUGCUCAACCUCUGUGAGAUGGCGCACCUGGGUCUUGGCAGUGCCCAGGAUGCUGUGCGCGGCCGUCGGGGAGCCUCAGCUGCGGGUCCUGGCCCCACGCCGCGCCCUCCGCCCUGCUCUUUCCAGGCCGCGGCCGCCGGCCUGGCUUGCCCUCCAGAAUACAGCCUGGUGGUGCGUGCAGCUGAGCGCGCGCGAGCGCACGACCAGAACUUGGCGAACCUGGCACUGCAGGCGUUGCGCGAUGGGGCGGCAGUGGCGGCGGUUUCCGCGGACCGCGACAGUCCACCGUGCGCAGGGCUCAGUGCAACCUCUCGGGGGGCACCCAGGGCGGGCGGUCUAGCUUCCGGAACCGGCAGCGCCACGUCCGGGGGCACCGUUGGGGAGCAGGGCCGGCCGGGAGCUCAGGAACAGCUGGCCACUAAGCCCAGGGCUGGCUCUGAGAAGGGCAGUACAGGCAGCAGAGACGGCAAGGCCACCGUGUGGAUCUGAGGGCACUGCGGGGAGCUCAGGGAGGGCUUGGCAUGAGCAUUCAGUGGAAAUCUUUGUGCCCUCAACCAGUGAUCUCUGGCAGACCUCGUUAGGGGGUCUUUAAAAGAGGGAGCUGAAGCCCCUUAGGAGGUGCUGGCUCAGGUACCUCCCUGCGGGGGUAGGAAGGGGAGUGACCAGGGUCUUAUAUGUGACCCCUGAGGGUGUGGGAACAGAGCUGUGUCCCAGGAAUUGACAGCCUCUCCAGGCUAUGCUGAGCAGGGAUGACCCCUCUGCUGGGCCUGCCAGCCCUUCCUUCUAGGGCUCUCUCACAGCUUCCCCAUGGGGUUGGGGGUGUCUGGCACGAAUCUUUUGGGGACUGUACUUAUCCUUACAGCAGCAGGUUCCUCUGCAGCGCCCUUGGCUCUUACAGAGCCAGAGAACGCCCAGGUCAGGGACAGGCAGCCAGCACCGAUUACUCUCAGCCCUUGGUUCCCCACUUGGGGCAGACUGAGCGAGACCUGAAGGAGGCCCGGACUGAGAACAGCUCCUCCUCUGAGCUGAGAUCGCUUGGUAUGACUCCUUCUUAGGGGACAUCCUGGAGGUUCUGUUGUGCCUUGCUGCUUAGAUGCAUAAGGCUGUGGCCCAGGGCUGUGGCGUUGGCCAUGCUGGAAAAUUAGAGCUCUGGGGAGCCUGUCUCUAUCUUCUGUCCCCUUCUCCCAAUUUUAAAGUCAACUUCUAGAACAAAGGAAGUAAAAUAAAACUAACUUUUGUUUACACUCAA